CCCUCCACAUUACAAUCACCAAGUCUUCAUUUCCAGCAAAACCCUAGAAAUCAAUUCUUCUCAAUCCAAUUUCUCUAUCAGAAAAUGUCAGGCCGUGGAAAGGGAGGCAAAGGUCUGGGAAAAGGAGGAGCUAAACGACACCGUAAGGUACUCCGUGAUAACAUUCAGGGAAUCACUAAGCCAGCAAUUCGGAGAUUGGCGAGAAGAGGUGGAGUGAAGAGAAUCAGUGGUCUGAUUUAUGAAGAGACGAGAGGAGUUUUGAAGAUAUUUUUGGAGAAUGUGAUUCGUGAUGCUGUCACUUACACUGAGCAUGCUAGGAGAAAGACUGUAACUGCUAUGGAUGUUGUUUACUCAUUGAAGAGACAAGGCAGGACUCUUUAUGGUUUUGGUGGUUAAAAAUUGUGAAAUCGUUGUUAACUUUUGUGUUUGGUUUGGUGUUAUUGUUAGUGUAAUUGACUAGAUUUUCGUAUUAAUGAAAUGAAAUCGGUUGGUAUUAUUCUCAUU